UUUGCUACUCAAAAUGAUCAUUACAUUACAGAUGAUACUUUUUUCUUUCUAUUUAGAUAUUUCCUGUGAGAAACCACCCAAAGUGAAAAAUGCUAUCAUACUAAGUGAGAAGCUUAGUUAUCUACCUGGUCAGACUGCACGUUAUGAAUGCAACAAACCUUUUGACUUGUUUGGGGAAGUAGAAGUGACAUGUUUAAAUGGGACCUGGACGGAACCACCUAAGUGUGCAGAUUCUGAAGGAAAAUGUGGACCUCCUCCACCUAUUGACAAUGGAGACAUUACCUCAUUCCCAUUACCAGUAUAUGCUCCAGGAUCAACAGUAGAGUACAAAUGCCAGGCCUUCUACGUACUUGAGGGACAAAGGACCAUAACAUGCAGAGAUGGACAGUGGUCAUCACCACCAAAAUGCUUAGGUAAAUAUUCAAUAUUCUCAUGAAUCUUGCCAAAAGCAGUAUAAUAGAUGUUUUGCUGUUAUUAAUAGAAUUUUCAUGGAUUAACAAACACUUGU